AUGACGGCGCCCGGUGUCCUGCUCGCCACGGCCUUCUUCCUAGUGACAACAUUGCCAUGGGCCGCUCGAUCGGACGGCGAUCACCGGAGCGUCAUGUGGCGCGGCGACUCCUUCGCUGUGGAGGACGCCGCUCCCUCUUCUUCUUCUUCGGGCCACGUCCUGGUGUCACCGAGCGGUAACUUCGCGUGCGGGUUCCGUGAGGUGGCCACCAACACGUACACGUUCGCCAUCUGGAUCACGGCCGCGGCCGACGCCACCGUGGCAUGGACGGCCAACCGCGACGCCCCGGUGAACGGCCGGGGCUCCCGCUUCGGGCUCCGGAAGGACGGGUCCGGCCUGGCGCUGGAGGACUUCGGGGGCCGCGUCGUGUGGAGCACCAACACCAGCGCCACCAAGGCGGACCGCGCCGAGCUGCUCGACACCGGCAACCUCAUCGUGUCCGACGCGUCCGGGCGCGCGCUGUGGCAGAGCUUCGACUGGCCCACCGACACGCUCCUCCCCGGCCAGCCCAUCACGCGGUACCGGCGCCUCGUGUCGGCGUCGGCGAGGGGCCUGCCGUCCUCGGGCUUCUACAACUUCUACUUCGACAGCAACAACAUCCUCAACCUCAUGUACGAGGGCCCGGAGAUCAGCAGCAACUACUGGCCGGACCCCUUCAACAAGUGGUGGGUCAACCUCCGCACCGCCUACAACAGCAGCCGCUACGGCAGCCUCGACGCCGCCGGCCGCUUCACCGCCAGCGACAACCUCCAGUUCAACGCCUCCGACCUGGGCGACCCCGCCGUCGUCAUGCGCCGCCUCACGCUCGACUACGACGGCAACCUCCGCGUUUACAGCCUCGACGCCUCCGGCGCCGGGACGUGGCAGGUCACGUGGGUGGCCAUGUCGCGCCCGUGCGACAUCCACGGCAUCUGCGGCCGCUACGGGCUGUGCACGUACGGGCAGGGCGGAGCGCCGGUGUGCUCCUGCCCGGAAGGGUUCGUGGUGGCCAACGCCGGCGACUGGAGCAAAGGUUGCCGGCGCGAGUUCGAUGUCAGGUGCGGCGAGGACGUGGACUUCGCGCCGAUGCCGGUCGCUGACUUCUGGGGCUUCGACUUCAACUACACCGAGGGGCUCACCUACGACACGUGCCGCCAGAUCUGCCUCGACGACUGCAACUGCGAGGCCUUCGGCUACAAGAAGGGCGUUGGCCAGUGCUACCCCAAGAUCGCGCUCUUCAGCGGCCGCAUCUCCGACUUCAGGCAGGUCAUCUACCUCAAGGUGCCCCGCCGCCUCCAGAACAAGUUCGACCCCUCCGUGCUGCGCCUCGGCGGCCACGCGUGCACCGUGCGCGAGGUCAGGGCCAACACCACCGCCAGUUACUACCUGCGGAGAGCCAUAGGCGGCAAGAUCAACUUCGUCUACUUCUACUCAUUUCUGGCCGGGCUGUUCGUCAUGGAGGUCAUUUUCAUCGCCGUAGGGUAUCUGUUCGUGUUCCGGGCCGACCCGGCGGCGCGGCAGAUCCGCGACGAAGGGUACAGCCUGGUGCUCAGCCACUUCAGGAGGUUCACGUACGACGAGCUGUCGAGCGCGACGUGCCAGUUCAGCGACGAGGUCGCUCGGAGCGCGUCGGGGGCAGUGUACAAGGGCGUGCUGGGCGACGGCAGGAGUGUCACUGUAACGAGGCUGGAGGCGGUGACGCAGGCCGACGAGGUGUUCCGUUCGGACCUCAGCGUCAUCGGCCGGAUCAACCACAUGAACCUGGUGAGGGUGUGGGGCUUCUGCUCCGAGGACUCGCACCGGCUCCUCGUCUCCGAGCACGUCGAGAACGGCUCGCUCGACAAGGCCCUCUUCCUCGACGGCGAGGGCAGCGCCGUCGCGCUGGGAUGGCAGUCGAGGUUCGGGAUCGCCGUGGGCGUCGCCAAGGGGCUGGCGUACCUCCACCACGAGUGCCUCGAGUGGAUCGUGCACUGCGACGUGAAGCCGGAGAGCAUCCUGCUCGGCGCCGAUCUCGAGCCCAAGAUCACCGACUUCGGGCUCGCGAAGCUGCUGAGCCGCCGGGACGAACGCGGCCGCGUGCUGUCCAAGGUUCAGGGCACCAGGGGCUACGUCGCGCCGGAGUGGGCGCUGAACCUGCCCAUCACCGGCAAGGCGGACGUGUUCAGCUUCGGCGUCGUGCUGCUGGAGCUGCUCCGCGGGCAGAGGGUGUGCGACUGGGCGGUGGUGGACGACGGCGCGGCAGGAGAGGAGCUGCUGCGGCUGGACUUCCCGCGGCUCGUGGCGCUGCUGAGGGAGGAGGCGAGGGACCUGCGGGAGGCGUGGCUGGAGGAGUUCGUGGACGCGCGGCUGCGCGGGGACUUGAGUUAUUUGCAGGCCGCCAUGAUGCUGGAGGUGGCGGUGUCGUGUGUGGACGACGACCCCGCCAAGAGGCCCAGCAUGGACGCCGUCGUGCAGAAGCUCCUCACGUCGCAGGACGUCGUGCCGCCGUCAAUGCGGCAUGCGUCGUCUCCUGUCCCGGAAAUCCGGCGCCAGCGCCACGCAUCCUUUUCUGUCGCGGAAAUUGGUCACAUGGUCUAA